AUGGCGCUGCUUCGUGCCGCCUUUCUGCUGCUUCUCUCGCUCCUUCCUCUACUCGUCGCUCUCCACCUCCCCGCCGCCGUUUCCGCGACGCGCCUCCCCCCGGGCUUGGCGGGGACUCUCGCGGCGCGCCCCACGGCCGAGCAACAGCUGGCACCCGGCAGCGCGGCGGGCCUGGCCGAAGAUGCAGCGCGGAUCCGCGCAGCCGCGGCGCGCGGGGCAAUAGCGGGCCGUGCUCUUAUCGAGGACACAGAGGAUGGGCCCCGCUCGACGGGCGCUCGAGUUCUGGCGGAGAUCAAGGCGCUGCAUUUUGCCACUGACACUGAAGGAGUGCGUGUUGCUGCGGAUGCUGAGGCUGGCGCCCCAAUUGGGCAGAGAGGAAGGGAGUUAAUACUUGAAACUAUUGCUUUGGGGGUGAUGGGGGCGGUCAAGGUGGCCAAAGCUGCGGGGGUGGCGGCUGCGGCAAAGGCGGCGGCUGCGGCGGGUGCAGCAAAGGCGGCGGCUGCGGCGGGUGCAGCAAAGGCGGCGGCUGCGGCGGGUGCAGCAAAGGCGGCGGCUGCAGCAAAAGCAGCGGCUGCGACCAAGGCGGCGGUUGCGGCAAAAGCGGCGGUUGCGGCAAAGGCGGGAAAAGUGGCGGCAGUAGCGGGGAAGGCAGUGAAGACGGUAAAAUCUGGGGGGGCUGCAUUGAAAGCAGCCAAGACAGCACAGGUGGCGAAGGUGACAAAAGCAGUGAAGGCAACUAAGGUGGUGAAGGCAGUGCAGGCAUCCAAGGCUGCCAAGGCUGUGAAAGCAGCAAAGGCGUUCAAAGCAGCUAAGGUGGCCAAGGUGACCAAGGCUGUAAAGGCGAGCAAGGCUGGGCAGUUGGUGCAAGCGGCCAAGGGGACCAAGGCUGCUAAGAUGGUUGCUGCGGCGAAGGGGUCUAAGGCUGGCAAGGCGGCAAUCAAGGCCAAGGAGAUGUAUGACAAGGCGAGUAAGUACUGGUAG